CUCUCUCUUUGACUUUUCUCUCGCAGAGUUUAUUAGAUUCCUUUUGCUUUCUGGAUAUAUAAAUUAUUGAAGUUCAUAUAUUGUUUCCACGACACGAAACCUUCUAGGUCCAGAUAUUAGAGUUCGUUUUCCACGAGGGUUUCUUUCGACCUCGUGUCCUGGAAGCUGCUAGAGGUUUACUUACCGAUUCUGAAUCCGGCAAUUCUAAGGCUUUGGGGUUUUAUUUGGUUGGGAUUAUCAUCUAAAAAGGAUAUUUGGUCGGUGCCAUGUUUUCUUAAUCUCAAUUAUGUUGACUAUUGCUUUGAGCUUAGAGCAGCACGUUGAUGGCAUUGGGACACUUGUGCAGCAUCCACUGUUUCCUUAAUAUAGGGAAACAAGAAGAGCUUCUUCUCCUUGGUUUUGGUUUGCCUAUUCCCAGUUUCUUCCUCAUUUAACUUUUUUCUUAGGAGACCCUCAUCCAUCUGGUGAACUUGUGAAGCUUUCUCUGUGAUUCUUUUGGCGAUUGGUUAGAGAUAUGGUUUCCUCUCAGUGUCCUGUUGCAAACAAAAACCAGACUGGGAAGCCGUUUCAGAAACAGCUAUAUUUAUCCAUCAGCCCUCCAAAAUCCGUCUUGAAUGAUAACCUUGAGCUUGAAUUCUCUGACGUGUUUGGUCCAAUGCCUGAAGCUAACUCUGGAGAGGCCAGUGAUGUUGCUUACGACGAGCCUGCUGUUGUCUACAGUCGAUCCCACUCGUUGGUGGGCCCGUCUUUGGUUGUUAGCCAUUCUUUGAAGUUGAACAAGCUCACUUUACGAGAGACUGAGGACUCCGUUGACUUGGUGGAGUGUGUUGAAGGUGAAUCUAUUAAAGAAAACGAUGAAUUCUUUGGUAAUGAUGACACCGACAGUGACAAAGCUCUAGAGGGAGAUCUAGGGGAGGUCUCAGGUGUAGUAGGCAUUGAGGACUUUGAGGUAUUGAAGGUUGUGGGGCAAGGUGCAUUUGGGAAAGUGUACCAGGUGAGGAAAAAAGACACUUCUGAGAUAUACGCGAUGAAGGUUAUGAGAAAAGACAAGAUUGUUGAGAAGAAUCAUGCUGAAUACAUGAAAGCCGAGCGCGAUAUUCUAACCAAAAUCGAUCAUCCUUUCAUUGUCCAACUUAAAUACUCUUUUCAGACCAAGUACAGGUUGUAUCUUGUGCUCGACUUUAUAAAUGGAGGUCAUCUUUUCUUCCAGCUCUAUCACCAAGGGCUUUUCAGAGAGGACUUGGCUCGUGUGUACACUGCAGAAAUCGUCUCUGCAGUUUCCCAUCUCCAUGAGAAAGGCAUAAUGCAUAGAGAUCUGAAACCUGAAAACAUACUCAUGGACGUAGAUGGCCAUGUGAUGUUAACUGAUUUUGGUUUAGCAAAGGAAUUUGAAGAAAACACAAGAUCAAACUCCAUGUGUGGGACUACGGAGUAUAUGGCCCCUGAAAUUAUUCAUGGAAAAGGACAUGAUAAGGCUGCCGACUGGUGGAGCGUAGGGAUCCUUCUGUAUGAGAUGCUCACUGGAAAGCCGCCGUUUCUCGGGAGCAAAGGAAAGAUACAGCAGAAAAUCGUAAAGGACAAGAUCAAGCUUCCACAGUUUCUGUCUAAUGAAGCUCAUGCCUUGCUAAAAGGGCUGCUGCAAAAAGAGCCAGAAAGGAGACUGGGAAGUGGACCGAGCGGAGCAGAUGAAAUAAAACAGCACAAAUGGUUCAAGGUGAUAAACUGGAAGAAGCUGGAGGCUAGAGAAGUACAACCAAGUUUCAAGCCAGCAGUUUCGGGAAGACAAUGCAUAGCAAAUUUUGACAAGUGUUGGACUGAAAUGUCUGUGUUGGAUUCUCCAGCAAGCAGUCCCAAUUCUGAUCCUAAGGCCAACCCUUUUUCUAACUUCACAUACGUCAGGCCUCCUCCCUCAUUCCUUCACCGAACCACAUCCAACUUGUAGUAGAUGAACUAUAAUAUAUUACUCUUGCUUCUACGGUUGUUUGACUAGGAAACCUAUUUCUAUUUAAUUAUGAUAUCUUAUUAAACUUGGUGAAGGAAUUGUUUUGAUUGAGAACAAAUUGUUAAUUAUUGAACCAGAGCAGCUAAUAUUGA